AUGGGAAUGCCGGUGAUGAGGAACAAAGUAAGUCUCUCCCUUUUGUCUGAUGAUCCUCCAUCUAGGUUCCUUGAGAAGUCUGUCCUUCCGCUGGAUGCUGCACCCAUCCAUGUGAAGACAACUGGAGGAGCUCCUCGGACCAGUGUGCUGCGCAAUCCGAACAUGGAGAAGCUUCAGAAGGGCUACCUGUUCCCGGAGAUUAGCAUUAAGCAUGAAGCUCAUCUGAAGAAGUACCCUGAUGCCAAGGUCAUCAGCUUGGGCAUCGGCGACACAACUGAACCCAUUCCAAGCGUCAUAACAUCAGCUAUGGCCGAGUAUGUACUUGCGUUAUCCACUCCAGAAGGAUACCAGGGUUAUGGACCGGAGCAGGGCCAAAUGAAUCUGCGGAAGGUCAUAGCUGAGAAAGUGUACCCAGCCAUGGGGAUUAAAGAGUCCGAGGUGUUCAUCUCGGACGGAGCGCAGUGUGACAUUGCUCGCCUCCAGACGCUGUUCGGGCCCAACGUGACCAUAGCCGUCCAAGAUCCCACCUUCCCGGGUUACGUGGACAACGGCGUGAUCGUGGGGCAGACCGGCAGCGCGGACGAGGCCGGCAAGUACGCCGGCAUCGCCUACAUGCGGUGCGCGCCGGAGAACCACUUCUUCCCGGACCUCUCCCGCGCGCCGCGCACCGACGUCAUCUUCUUCUGCUCGCCCAACAACCCGACGGGGCACGCGGCGUCGGCGGCGCAGCUGCGCGAGCUGGUGGACUUCGCGCGCCGCAACGGCUCCAUCAUCGUGUUCGACACGGCGUACGCGUGCGUCGCGCAGGCCGGCGGCCUCGCCUGCCUUUCCACGGAGGAAGGCCGGGACGCCGUGCGCCGCGUCGUAGGCGUCUACAAGGACAACGCGCGGGUGCUGGUGGACACCUUCGCGUCGCUCGGCAAGGAGGUGUACGGCGGCACCGACUCUCCCUACGUCUGGGUGCGCUUCCCGGGCCACCGCUCCUGGGACGUGUUCGCCGAGAUCCUCGAAAAGACGCACGUCAUCACCGUGCCGGGCAGCGGCUUCGGCCCCGGCGGCGAGGGCUUCAUCCGUGUCAGCGCGUUCAACAGCAGGGACAGGGUGCUGGAGGCCGCAGCUAGGCUCAAGAAGUUCCUGGCCUGA